GUCAAUGUGCUGUUGUGAAACAAUUUAUUUUCUGUGAAUAAUUUAUACGAAAAAUGAAAAGACGCAGUAACAAAGUUCCAGAUGCAAAAUAUUGCAUUGAAUACGAUGAUGUUACUGGUCGGUACACUACUUUUGAUACGGAAGAGCAGUAUUUGACAUAUAAAAAGAAAAGAGUCGAAGAACUCUGCGGCAUUGAAUUAGACGACGGCUCCAUAUUGUCUAAGUUUUUCUACGAACCGUACACGAACACGCCGAUCCCGAAAACCGCUAAAGAAGCUGAUGUACUACUUCGGAAAUUUCAAUUGAAGUGCGACAAUGCGAAAAAAGAUGCCGUCAAAAUGAAAGCAGCAGGAACAUCGUCCGUUUGGAAUGAAAAUUCCGUUGAAACGGAAAUUGUUGGAGCAUCCACUGGCAAAGCGCAAUCGUACAAUGAAAAUUCGGAAAGUGAUCGAAUCUCCGUCGACGGAAGCGAAUGUACGUUUCCCGGCCGUACCGAUGCAUUCUGUGUGCAUUCGAAUGAGCCAGACUAUCGCGAUACAUGCACAAUCAUAACCGGAAGCAUGUCAGUUGUAGGCGCAUCGAUCUGCUCUACUACAUCGAACGACCUGCCGAUCAAAGGAACGGGAAAUCAACGCGAAGUGAAAGCGGAAAAUGGUGGUAGUGACAAUGAGGCAGUACAAUCGAAAUCCAUACUCGUACGCUCGUACAAUGCUCAUCCACAUCGUCAAAAACCCAAUCUCAAAGCGAAGAAGAAGACGAAAGUUUCGUUUCUGAAUUUGAGAGCGCCGUGGCCGGGCUAUCCAUUUGUGGACCAGUAUGGAAAAUUAGUACGACCCAUUAUGAGUGAGGCAGAACGGAAUGCUUUCAGACAAAUUUCGCAACCAUCUGAUCCAAACCCUGCCGAUGGUUCCGUGUAUGAAGAGGAUCCAUCUGAAGCGAAUUCAAAUGCUGCUAGUGGAAUUAUUGAGACAAUCAUCCCAUCUGAUCGUAACGAACAAUCCAACUGGGCAGGACCGUGCCGUUCAGAGGAAAACGACAACAUCAGUCUUGCUGAUAACGUAGAAGUCGGAAUACCUGCAGCGACUUCAUCGUUAGUUCAAGCGACAGUGUGGCAACCGAAAGAGUGUGCAUUUACAUUUAUGGAUGAAUUGAAUUUCCAAUCCACUCACGGCAUCGAAAUGGAUACCACGAACGGGACAAAUUCGACACAUGGUGUCGACAAUCAUUUCCUUGGUCCGUUGUCCAAAAACGAAUCAGUCAAUGUAGACGAUACGGUGAAUUGUAGUGCGAUUUCUGAUAAUCAACCCGCCCAACCGGACCUGAUAAUGCUGGACGCUGAACAAAGUGCAGUACCGGUUCCCCUGACAAUUGUCGACACCAAUUUUACAUUUACGUUCACCGACGAUGACUGUCAAAUCGCUGGCCCGACACUGCACAUUGUAAAUGAUAUUCGCGAACAUACAACGCCCGAAUCUACAGUUGCUUUAGAAGCAUUCCUGGACGAAGACGAACAUUUAUUUGCGAAUUUUCUGAAUAUACCGGACGCAACAAUUGGUGAAUCGUAUGCAACACACAGCACCGAAUGUAUGGAAACUGAUCCGGCAAAAAUUAAUUCAACGCAAAAUGUCUCAGUCGACGGUAACAGUUUCUUUGAUGAUCAAGAUGAUCAUUUGUUUACCGCUUUUGAAGAGAAUUUUUUUUAAAUUGAAGCGCCAUAAUGUUGGCUGUGUUUAUGUGAAGUAAUUUGAGCGAAAUUAAAAUAAUCAUUUAGGGCGGGCGCCCG